AUGGCGAAGCUCAUCACAGACCUCCCCUCCCAGCUCCCCAACCUCACCCCCCUCUCCUGGAUCCUCACGCUAACCGGCCUCAUAUUCACCACCUACGUCAUCUCAUCAAUCACCGCCUGGUACCGCCUCCGGCACUUCCCAGGUCCCCCGCUCGCUUCCUUCUCCUACCUCUGGAUCGUCCGCGUCUGCGCUAGCGGCCGCAUGGCCGAUAUCUUCGCCCAAACCGAAGCUUACUACAGUGACAGCCAUGCGGAGGAACAGAAGGGGCAGAAGGGCGCGUAUAAUGACGGGCAAAGACACAGUGUAUCACCCUCGACCAUCCGCAUCGGUCCCAACGAGCUGCUCACCAGCGACCCGGACGUCAUCCGCCGCACGUCGGCCGCCCGCUCGCGGUAUACCCGGUCCACAUGGUACAAACUCAACACCGCCGAUCCCUAUGCCGACGCCAUGUUUAACACGCUCGACACGACCACUCACGAUCGGAUCAAAGCACAAACGGCGCCCGGGUAUGCAGGCCGGGAUAACCCGGGCCUCGAGCGGGAGGUGGAUGGGAUGAUUGGAGUGUUGGUGGAUAAAAUUCGGAAUCAGUACGCGGCUGCGUCGCUUGGGGAGAAUGGGGGCGAGACGAAGAAGCCGUGGUUGGAUUUGGGGUGUAUGACGCAGUUUUUUACGCUCGACUCGAUCUCCAAGGUGGCGUUUGGCGAGGAGUUUGGGAUGAUGGAGUCGGAGCGGGACGUCAAUGGGAUUGUGGCCGUGGUUCGGGAUACCGCGUUGGCGAUUACCGUGGUCUCGGUGGUCCCGUAUCUGCGGACUAUUUUCACGUCUCGGUUUGUGCUGGGCUUGAUCGGGCCGUCGGUCAAAGACAAAAAGGGGCUGGGUACCAUGAUGCGUACCGGUAGGAUAAUCGUUGGGAAAAGGUUCGCUCAGGCGGAUGCCAAAGAUGAACAAGAUAUGCUGGGCUCGUUUAUGCGCCACGGCCUGACACAACGUCAGUGUGAGAUGGAAGCGCUGUUCCAAAUUGUGGCUGGCUCCGACACUACCGCCACCACCAUUCGCUGCACGAUGCUGUACCUCAUGACCACUCCGCGGGCGUACACUCGGCUCCAAGCUGAGAUUGACGAAGGCAUCCGAGCGGGCCGUAUCUCAAGCCCUAUCGCCAAUGCCGAGGCCAACGCCAUGCCAUACCUACAAGCCGUCAUCAUCGAGUCUCUCCGCAUCUUCUCACCUUUCACGGGCUUGCCCUUCAAAGUGGUCCCGCCCGAAGGGGACAUCAUCGACGGCAAACCGGUGCCCGGCGGCACACUCGUCGCGCCCAACUUCUGGACCACGGGCCAAAACCGAGUCCUCUUUGGCUCGGACGCCGACGUAUUCCGUCCGGAACGCUGGCUCCAGGUGGACGCAACACAGAAGGCCGAGAUGCGGCGUGUGGCUGAACUCGCCUUUGGGUAUGGACGAUGGGGCUGUGCUGGCAAAAUGAUUGCCUUUUUGGAAUUGAACAAGGUGUUUGUCGAGCUCCUUCGCCGGUUUGACUUCCAGCUGGUCAACCCCUCACGGCCGUGGAAGAGCGCCAACUUCAACCUCUUCUUCCAAACCGAGAUGUGGGUGUCCGUAGUGCUGAGAGAGGGUGUGGAGAAGUAG